CGUAGGAACAUUACUUCUUCGACUCUUGGGAUUCUUCACUGUUUGGGGGGUUUCGUGUGUAGAGUCAACUCGCGUUUCAAGUGACUUCGUAGGGGGUUAAAGGACAACCAUUGACAAUAAUUUUAGUGAACUUCGAUUUUAGUGUAAUCAGUGUCGGAAGUUAGUCCCGCGAUAAAAUUAUAUGGAAACAAUUUUUAUUGGAAAUAUCACGUUGUUGAAGCUUGAUUUAUGGGUGUGAAAAACGAACAGGCUUGUCAGCAGUGCCAAGCGGAAAACCACACUUGCAAGGAAUCGAAAAAUAGUGGAUUUUCUCCUUUGAAGAAAAUGAAGGUCCUCAAGAAGAUCAAGAAGAAGAUGGGAAUAGCUUCAAGAUCCUCAUCUCACACUCACGGUACGAACAAUUUACCACCUCUACUUUUCCACAACAUCCACGGUGAAAACAUCAGAAUAUCCCGUGACGGAACGGUAGCCAAAAGAGUAGAAAGCUUUUGCAAAGGGAUCGCUUUCAGUAGCCGACCGGUCAAAGUCAACGAAAAAGUAUGCAUCAAAUUCCUGGAAAUCUCCAACAACUGGAGCGGCGUUAUCAGAUUCGGCUUUACGUCCAACGACCCGACCGGACUCCGUUACGGCCUGCCAAAAUACGCUUGUCCGGAUCUCACCAACAAACCUGGAUACUGGGCGAAGGCGUUGCCAGAAAGAUUUUGCAGCCAGAGUACCGUUUUAUUUUACUAUGUUACUUCUACUGGAGAUGUGCACUUUGGAAUAAAUGGAGAAGAAAAAGGCAUAUUUUUCGGUGGAGUUGAAACUAGAGGUCCUGUAUGGGCCUUAAUUGAUGUAUAUGGCAAUUCAACCGCUAUUGAAUUUAUGGAUAUCAGACAUCAAUUAAACAACUCUCGCUCAAGUAUCACUCCAACUCCUACCUGUGAAGCUCCAAUUCAACAUCCACGUACACCGGAUCCAAUUGACAGAAUAACAUAUCCAAUGCAACAGCUUCACAUUCAACAAUUACCCAAUCAAUUGGCAACACAAGAGCUGAAUUUGCCUCUAUUAAGGUUUCAACCUCACACUGUCAACUAUCAGGCCAUGCCUCUUCACAGGACCAAAGGCAGAAACGUUAGAUUUUGCGGUGGUAACAGAAGCGUAGCAAUGAGAAGUGACGCGGAAUUUUGCCAAGGCUACGUUUUCACCGCGAGACCUUUGCAAAUAGGAGAAAGAAUUGUAGUUCAAAUUUUGGCUACCGAGCCUAUGUUUCAAGGAUGUCUCGGAUUAGGUUUGACGUCUUGUGAUCCAUCAAGUCUUACCACUAGUGACUUACCGGAUGAUUCUAACUUUUUGCUUGAUAGGCCUGAAUAUUGGGUACUUUCAAGAGAUUUUGCUAGGAACCUCAAUAAAGGUGAUGAAGUUAGUUUUUGUGUAGCACCAAACGGUGAAGUGCAAAUAGCUAAAAAUGGAGGUUCUCCUUUGGUUGUGAUGCAUGUUGAUCAAUCUUUAAGAUUAUGGGCAUUUUUCGAUAUCUACGGGUCAACUGAACGCAUAAGAGUGUUAAGCGGGCAUCCAGUCACCAAUUUAACUACUAGUCCCCUAAGAAAUUCGUCGAGCCAAAAUAUUAUAGAUAGAAGACACAUGGCUACCAGUGAAUCUAUUAAUAGUCUUAAUUUGCAGAACGAGAUGACGAGGCAGGGAAACCAGAACUCUAGGCAAAGUUUAAUCGUUAGAGACGCAGACAUUCUACCAGUUCAAGCCAGGCCAGCGCAACAGCAGCAAAAUGGACGAUUGUGUUUCCCACAAGCUGAUAUUCAGGUUCAACAGGCUGCCAACGGUGGUGCAGUUUUAUCGGUGAUCCUUCCACCCUCUGCAUCAAUUAACCAUCAUGGUUACAACAACCACACCCCUUCACCUUUGUCACCGGUUAGUCCCGGAAUGGCACCAGUACCUACCACAUCCAGUGGAGUGCCUAGUGGUACCAUGAUGAGCGGAUGUAGUGCCCAAUAUAUUGAGCCAAUCUCAGAUUCAAGUACCUACUCGACUCCGCUAAGCUGGGCGGAACAAAAUGGAGCAGGUACCACUCAUCCCUUAACCGCGGGAGCAGAAUGUACAAUUUGCUACGAAAACUCGAUAGACGCUGUGCUAUACAUGUGCGGACAUAUGUGCAUGUGCUACGAAUGUGCUUUGCAACAGUGGCGGGGUAAAGGGGGCGGACACUGUCCUUUGUGCCGGGCCGUUAUCAGGGACGUUAUCAGGACUUAUAAAUCGUAAAUUUAGGUUUUUUUUUCUUAGCUACAAAGUAUUAUGGAUACAAUUUACUACUUUCUAGUUGAUUGAGAUUUAAAAAUAAAAGAAAGUUACUAUCAAAGUGCUUCCAAAAAAAUGGUAGAGAUCUUUAGAAAGACUGAGAAAUCAUUUUAUUGUAUUUUUUUCUUUAUAUAAGAAUCAUGUCUUUGCAUUUUUUUAAAUUUAGCUGUAAAAAUACUUAUUGUAAUUUAUUUAAACAUCAUUUCCAAAAAGCUAGCUGACAUUCAAGGCAAAUUUUUGAAUGCUGAUUAGUCUAAAUUUUCUUCUUUUUGAGCAUUAACUUCUUCCCAACUGAUUGGAAGAUUUUUCUAAAUUCGCUCUCUAUUUAAAUAAAUAUAAAAUGGUGUCUAAAUAAGUAAAAUAGUUAUUCAACCAAAGAAUUUAUAAGCUUAUACUUAGCAAUUUUCCAUAUUGAGCUAAGUAUCAAAUGGCUAGUCCACUGUUUUAGUCAUAAUCUGCUUUGCAAAAUUUGAAAGCAGUUUAAAAAAAAUUUUUAGUUUUUAAGUUUCUUAAUUUAUUUUGUUCGCAUUCUAGUUACUACUCUUUUUUAGGUUUUUGUAUUAACAGAUUAUUUUGACUUUAAGGAUAGUGAAUAUUUUUGUACCAAAAUAGUGGCCAGUUUAUGUCAACUAACUAGUGAGUCAAUAAACACUUUUUGUUUUAAUUUUCCAUUCUAAUUUACGGAAUGGAAAUUUAAAAGAAAAUAUAUAUUUUAAAUUACCAUUGUAUUUGAGGGAUUUAUUGUAAGCGUUUAUGUUUCUGUUGAAUCUAAAUGUUCUUGAAAUGUUAACAUUUAUGAAUAUUUUCGUGUAAAUAUUCAAUAGUUAUUCUAGUCAUUAAGAAUACGUACUGAGUUAGUGCAGAAAAUGUUAUUAAUAUUAUUAUCACUGUAUGAAUUAUGGAAAAAAAUAGUAAAUAUGAAAAUG